GGGGGCCAGAACGGUAAGAUAGAAUAUGGCGGCGGCAACUGCAGCCCCCAAGCUCCUUCUGCUCCUCCGGUACUUCUCCUCUUCCGGGCCUCCGAACACCUUGAUGGGCUCUUCAAAAGUUGCCGUCCACAUUCCAUAUUCGUGCUUCUCUUCCACCAGGGCGAAAAGGUCUCUUCCCAUCCGAGCUCGCGGACGAGACCAACAAGAAGAAGAUGAUGAUUCAAACACCACCGGUUUCAACUCACCACAGAAUGAUUUGGAAUAUCUGGGGAAGGUGCUAGCCGGUUCCAUUGUGGGUGGAGCUGUAAUAAAGUAUGGCAGCAUAGUUUUUCCUGAGAUAACCAGACCCAACAUCAUACUGGCUCUAGUUAUGAUAUUCACUCCUGUCGUUGUAGCUACCUUACUUCUGAUCAAGCAAAGUCGUGCAAAUGGAUGAUGUUUUGUACAUGGUCCUUAGAGAUUUCUACAUCUUGUGUUGGUAUAUAAGAAAGAAAUGAUCAUUUUGAAGUUUUAGCUAGAUUUAAGAAUGGCUGAGAUGUGCUUUUAUGCGAAGUCGGUGGCUAGACAAUGUAUUGUUUCUCAUUCCUCUGGCUUUUAUUAAUGUUUUGGGUGCCAAAACAUCAUUUUGUCUGCUACGAACAUUUUCCUUUAUGGAUAUAUUGAGCAUUCAGAUGGCUGUUCUUGCUACAUAUACAUAACAGCCAUUUGGAUGAACUUUGAAUGGUAAAUUCAAGCGACACAUGGGGAUCAUUUUCAGUUUUU